UCGGAACAGCUGGUGGGGGGGCUCAUGUUGAGGGGCUCGAACCGAGCGGUUGGUUGCUAAGCAUCAUGAGGGUCCCUGAAACUCUGGUCUGGGCCGCUUUCCUCAUCCACAAGGUGGUGGGAGAAUACGGCAUGGCCCACUUCAGUGACAAAGGCAAGAGCAAAGGAAAGGAUUACUGCAUAUUCUUCAACUCGCAGUGGGCACGUUUGCCUCAGGACCUCAGCAAGGCGUCGCGCCUCCAGAUCUAUGACUUGACCACGUCGUUCCUGUGCUCACCCUCCGAGGUCCCAGAAGGAGGCUUUCCAAACUACAUCCCCAUGGUGAUGAGGGGCAACUGUACUUUCUAUAAAAAGGUCCGCCUGGCCCAGAUUAACGGGGCCAAGGGCCUGCUUGUCGUCAGCAAGGACAGACUGACACCGCCAGCAGGAAACGGGACUGAGUAUGAGGAGAUUGACAUCCCCGUGGCCCUGCUCAGCUACUCUGAUAUGCUGGACAUAAGCAAGACGUUCGGUAAAGGACAACUGGUCGCCAUGUACGCACCCAAUGAGCCCGUGCUGGACUACAACAUGGUGAUCAUUUUCUUAAUGGCUGUGGGAACGGUGGCCGUUGGAGGCUACUGGGCCGGCAGCAGAGACAGCAAGAAGCGGUACAUGAAGCACAAGCGGGACGACGGCGCAGAGAAGCAGGACGAGGAGACGGUGGACGUCACUCCCAUCAUGAUCUGUGUGUUCGUGGUCAUGUGCUGCAGCAUGCUGGUGCUACUCUACUUCUUCUACGACUACCUGGCCCUUUGGGUGAUCGGGGUCUUCUGCAUGGCGUCCUCCGUCGGCCUCUACAGCUGUCUGUGGCCUUUCGUCAGGAGACUUCCUUUCUGCAAGUGCAGGGUCCCAGAGAACAACCUGCCGUACCUGCACAAGAGGCCUCAGAUCCGCAUGUUGCUGCUGUCGGCCCUUUGUAUCAGCGUUAGCGUCAUCUGGGUGGUGUUUCGCAACGAAGACCAGUGGGCGUGGGUGUUACAGGACGCCCUGGGGAUCGCCUUCUGUCUCUACAUGCUCAAAACAGUGCGGCUGCCCACGUUUAAGGCUUGCACUUUACUACUGACGGUCCUGUUUGUCUACGAUGUCUUCUUCGUAUUUAUCACGCCUCUCUUUACAAAGAGCGGGGAAAGUAUAAUGGUGGAGGUAGCGGCUGGUCCCUCUGACUCCGCCCCACAUGAAAAGCUGCCCAUGGUGCUCAAAGUGCCGCGGUUAAACUCCUCUCCUCUGGCACUUUGCGACCGUCCCUUCUCCCUCCUGGGCUUUGGAGACAUCUUAGUACCAGGUCUGCUGGUGGUGUACUGUCACAGAUUUGACAUUUUAAUGCAAUCCUCCAGGAUCUACUUUGUAGCCUGUACAAUUGCGUACGGCGUGGGCCUGCUCAUCACCUUCGUGGCGCUGGCCUUGAUGCAGAAGGGUCAGCCGGCCCUGCUCUACCUGGUGCCUUGCACUCUGCUCACCAGCCUCACUGUAGCGCUGUGGCGCAGGGAGUUGCCCCAGUUCUGGACUGGAAGUGGAUUUGUGCCUGCCAUAGUCCUCGCCCCAAUCAACUGUACACAAACCACAGCGCCGCAGACAGAGGAGCCCCCGGCCACGCCAGAGCCGCAAGCCACAGAAGAGCCCGAUCCGAGCGAAGACUCCACCCUGCAGCCGCCUCAGGAAACGCCCCCGGAGGAGAGCCACGAAGAGAAGAACAAAUCUAACUGAGACAACUUCUAGUACGGCUUUAUCCAUUUCACUCCAUCUUCUAUGUGUUCAGGGUUUUUUUUUAUUUUUUUUUAUUUCUCAGUCAAUUACCUUUUUAAGUACGGACGUUUAUUUGCACUUGGUGCAAAAAGGAAAGAGCAGAUCUGUGUUUUUUAAGAAGGGAGGACGCUCAAUGCUGAAAACGGCAAAGCACAAAAACUCCCGACACCUUCUUCUGCGUCUAACACUCUCUUCAUAAAAGGGAAUUAAAAAGUCAAAACUGGAAACUACCCACAAUCAUAAAACUCUAAAUAUUCCUAUUACACUAGGCCUCGGAGCCUCGGUCACUGAAAGUUUGCCGCUGUAUACUUUUGUUUUAGUGGACUUGUUAUAUUUUGUGGACUCAAGAGGUACGAGUUAAUUAAACCAAAUGUUUCAAAAAUUUGAGUCAUUGAUGUUAAUACAGGGUUACUGCAGUUUGGAACAAGAGAAAUGAGACUUAUGAAGAGCUUCUUAAGACCAUUACGGGUUAAAUUUAAGACUUACACCAAGUACGACAAAUACGGAAAUCCAGAGUUACUUUUAAAAUAACAGAAUUUAUUGUGGACAAAUGGCCCAGAGACCUGUGAGAUAAGAUUUCUUUUGAUAAACUCAGAGUUAACACACAGAAUUAACUGUGAACGCCACCAACGCAUUGGACAAAAAACAAAUUGAAGCGGUAAAUGGACGGAAGGAUUUAAGACUUUAUCAAUGAUGCAAAAUCUGCUCAUAUUUAAGACUUUUUAAAUUGGCUUUAUCAAAUUUUAGACUUUUUAAAGACCCUGUAAUUAUAUAAUAUAAAGAAAAAACACUGAAGAAAGCUGCUAUGCAAUGAAGCAGUUAAGUAGCAUCCAGUUUGAUGAGUGAAUAAUAGAAGAUAUUUCUGAUUUUGAUGCUUUUCAGGGUCAAACAUUUAAGUUUUUCAGCUGUUAUGUGGCAUUUUCACAUUCUAAUACUUAAAAAACAAAAAAAAAGAUGAUUGACUGAUCAGUCACUACUUAUACCCCUUCUUCCCUUUCAGUGUUUUGUUUUUUUACUCAUAGAACGCUUUAAUACCAGCUGUGACGUCUCUGACCAGAGACGAACAAACAAAUAAGCUUCUCUCCAGCACUUUUUUUUUUUUUGUAGUGCAGCACUUUGUCGCGGGUAAAGAAAAGCCACGGAGGCCAUUUUGUUUUUUCUUCACGUGCCCACACACACACACACAUCUGCCAGAUUGUUUUAAAAAGUUGUUGGAUGCAGCCACAGCUGCUCCAAAGCUAAUCAAAGAAUUAAUUUGAAACACACUGUUCACCAUUAGUCCUAAAAGCUACAAAGUCUCUGGGCUGAAGAGUUUCACACCCUUUAAAAUGUGGUGCUAUCGCGGUUGUUGACUGAGCCAAAGUGAGCUGACUUUUUUCCCCUUUCCCUCCCAUAAAGCCUACGUUUGUGUUUUUCCCCCUCAUGUUCUGGUGUAUUUUGUUUAGCAUGCUAUGAUUUAGAUUUUUUACCCUUCAUGUGAAACUAUUGUAUAAUCUACAACCGAAACGUAACGACGAGCUGCGCGACAGAAGGAAAAGAAGAAGACCAAAGACUCAUCCUAGGGGUGCACUGCGGAGGAAGAGAGAUAAAAGACGAGCCGGAAAAGUUGAGACGAUCGAGGUACUACGCAGAUUACGUGUAUAAUCUAUAGUGCAGACUUUGUAUACAUUAUUGUUGACAGUUUUAUUCCCCCAGUAGUUACUCUUAUUGUCUUAAGGAUUGGUUUUGGCCUUUACUGUGUCCGUGUCGACAGGUACAGUGGAAUGUGUUGCUCUAUGAAAACCUCGAAUGCUGUACUCAGAAACGUGCUGCAGUUUAAACGUGCGAACCGAGGACCGUGUGUGACCGGUUGUGUUACAGAUGUUUUUAUUAUUUUACAUAGCAUUUGCACAACAUUUUGUAAUUCACAGACCAGCCGGCGUGGUGGUUCUUGUAUUAAUGUGUUUAUGUAUGAUCUAUAAAAGGGUUUGGAGAAACGGUAGACGAUGAUGUUUUGGUUAUUUGUUCCGCUUUUAUUUUUUUGCAAGUCCAGUAUACAAGAACUUCUGAUUCAUUUACUUCAUUUACAAUGCAGUUGUUGAGCUUAAACAGAGUUUGGGCAAAAGAGAGCAGCUUAAAUGUCUGAAUGUGCGACCCUCGCUGGUUCAAAAAGUUCAGGAGGACAUGAGAUUAUUCAUUCACUAGUAUGGUUUGUUGUCACCAAGUGGUUUUUAAAGCCUCUGUUGAGGAAUGCAUAUAAUAAAUAAAACGUUGUAUUUGA